GGUUUUUAUGAUUUCCACAAGAUAUCCAUACUUUAAUCUGCUUUUAUUUAUUCCCUUUCAACUGAGCAGAUGCCGUACGUAGUCUCUAAGGACCUUUGUCAAGUAAUUACUUAUUUCAGAUACACAUUCCAGUUAUAGAAGCUACCUAAUAUGGAAGAAGAAGAAGAAAAUAUGGUGAUCAUGGAUUUGAUAUGCCCUAGAAAGUUAAACUUCAAUGCUCCUCUUUUGUCAACAAAGCGUCUCAGUUAUUCAGAUCUUCCGGUUUCAUCUAGCUUGUCGAAUUCACUUGAUACAGUGGAAAAUACUAGAGUUCCAUUUUCAUGGGAACAAUCUCCCGGCAAGCCAAAGGACUUGGAGAGGCGUGAUAGUAUCGGCGAUGGAGACACCCCUCGGCCGAGACUUCCUCCUUGCCUCUGGCGUCCACUCAAAGUAGCUGUUGAACCUGAUGUAGAUAUUGGUGUUAUUGCCUUUGAUAAAGACGAUGGUUGUGAUGGUGAUGACGACGAUGACAACAGAAAGACUAAUGUUUUCUCGGAUGCAUUCGAUGUUUUAUCUCUAUCAGAAACAUUUGACAUUAUCCAACAAUCAGAGACAGCAGUUCAUAGUCAUAUCAAUGAUGGUUUGCGAUUAAAGCUUGAAGAGUCUAAUCGUGAUCAAUCUCCAACUUACAUGAUUAACCGCUUUCUUCCUGACGCCAAUGCGUUGGCUGCAUCAUCUGUUUUACAUUUUUCCAAUGAUUUCAACAAGAACGUCUGUGAUACCAGAAAUCAUGAGGUUUGUCUCGCAGGUUCAGAUAGAAAUUCUUGUGCUUCUUCUUCUCCAAAAGGUUGUGGCUUGGGACUUCUCUUCUCUUGGGGUAUGAAGCAUAAGUUUUGUUCUAUAAAAAGCCCUGUUCUGCCAUGCUCUACAAAUGCAGAGAAGUAUCAUCAUAGUUCAAAGCAUAAGAAACAUUGUUCACCGGUCCAUAAAAACCAUGUACUAAUGUGAAAGAUGGUAUUUGACAAAUAAAACAAUAUUUUUUUUACCUUGUUAUAGAUACGAAGUUUUCACUGGUUUAAAAGGUAUAAAUUUCUUAUCACUUGGACCAAUAUAUUAUUGGUAGCUUCUUUGGAUUAGCUUAUUUUUGAGCUUAUGCAAACAACUUAUGCAAUUUUUAUGUAUUAUUAUAAGUUUGUCAAGGUAGUUUAUGAUAAAAUAGCUUAUAAAAAUACAUUUUUCAAUAGUGUGAACUUAUAAAAAAACAUAAAACCUUGCAUAAGCUGUUUGCGUAAGUUUGAUAAAAAGAAAAAGUUGUUUACAUAAGUUCAAAAAUAAGCUAAUCCAAACGGGCCAGAUAUAUUGUUUGAUAUAACUUUGUUGUUUUAAUACCUACUUAGUUUGUUUUUGUUGUACGCCGCAGUUUAAUAAUGGGAUAAACCUUUUAUUCAUGAUCAAUUUUUUGUGAUCGUUCUUGAAUGUUAGCAAGAAUAUAAACUAACUUACUUUAUUCAAGUUUGAUUUUUUUUUGUCAAGUAGCUUAGUGGCUAGAAAAUUCAUCUUAAAAAUGAAUAAGUGGAGUGUCCCAGGUUCGAACCCGGAGUCUUGCACAUAUUAUUGAUGUCCCUACUAACUCUCAAUGGUUAUAUAUUUGAAAACCAACCAAUCGUUAGUUGAUUUAGCGCUGAUUGACCCUGAACUUGGUAGGAAGGACCACAGUUCGAUCCUCCGCAACUGCGAUCGGGAGGGUAAUGAUCCGGCGAUCCAUUGUUUCCCUUUCCGGCAAGUUCGUAUCAAGCAUAAUUAGUAUUUAAUUAUUAUCAUUAUUAUUUUAGGAUUUGUAUAAAGUCUAUAGAGUCAAUCACCUUAAUUGUUGGAGAUAUUUGUUCCUUAAUUUACUCCAAUUAGGUUACUAUACUUGUGUAUAUAUACACCUCUUGUAAACUCUCAAAAGUAAUGCAAUAUACAACUUUAUUCAUUCCCUUAUAUGGUAUCAGUUGGUAACGUUCCAGCCCUACCCUGUUAAACCAGAAAACGCCGUUUUUUCUCCGUUUGCCGUAACACUUUGCCUCCCAUGGCUUCCGAUGGCUCUCGCUCCAUAGCUAACCCCUAUGAACCCUCCAAACCCUUUGCGUGUAUCACCCUCAGCGGUGUCACCAAGCUUCUCCCUACCAAUUACCUCAAUUGGAAACUCCAGGUAGAAGCCUUCCUUGAUGGUUUUGAUCUACUCAAAUACACUGAUGGAUCGUUCCCUGCGCCGACAGCAACGAUCAC